GACGCUGGAGACGAAGGGUUGAAAACAUCAUCACUUUUUCAAAUCUUUGGAUCCGUGUCCGGUUUCUCCCCGAUUGCAAUGGAGACAAAUGAUUCAAUCCACUCUGAAAGAUAUGCCAUACGCAUCUUCGAACUCGGUCUCUAUGUUAGAUAGAGCUACUUGGCUAGCAAGCUACGGUUGCUGUAGGAUUCCAGUACUCCAAUCGGGGACUGAAAAGGAUCGAUGGGUGACGAGCACCAGAUGUAUGCAAGAGCAUCAUCACGCCGCCGGCUUCAUAAGAACAGAGAUGGAGGAACAGGCGUGACGAGAAAGUCUGGUUCGCGUGGGCAUCAUCGCAUCAACAGUUCGAAAGCAACCAAAUUCUGGACGAAGCGUGACGAGAUUGCUUGGUUUGUUUGGACAUCAUCACCCAGACUAUCAAAAACCGAUAGAGCAUUGGAACUAACUAUAGGACGCCUGUGAAACCCACAGCCCGGCUCUGCAAGCGACACUAUCGGUGAGUUACGUAUCUUCGCAGUACAUCUUCCGCACAAGAAAUCUGAAGGUUGAUUUGCGGCGGGAAUCAACGAAGCCAACCUAGCAAAGGUCGCAACCAACUACUUCUGAUGUCAGGGAGUCUAUGCUUGAUCUUCCCAGCCGCGGUGUUGUCUCAUAAUAUAGUGUCUUUUCACUCGAGCAGCUCCUCUUAGGAUUGAUCCCUCUCUGAGAUAAGUUUGAAACCAUGAUUAUGUUUGAACUGAUGGAUGAUACCUGGACGCUUGGUUUGUCUGUUGCCGCAUUGGUCGUCAUGUUGGGUCUGUAUCGUUCGAUCAGCGCACACCGUGACAAACGAAACAAGCUGUACCCUCCGAUGGCCCCAACAGGGUUCUGGCAGACCAUCAAUGCAAUGGCUGGGGAUGAUAAUCCCUGGUUUCUAUUGAGAACAUCCUUGAGAAUGGGGGUGCAAGUCUUUCGAUUGCCUGUACAGUUCUUGGGAGGGCCACUGUUUGCCGUGGUAGGAGAUGCCAAGCUGGCACGUAUUAUUCUCAAUGACAAGGAGACAAACAAGCCCAUUGCCAUGUAUAGAAGCUUUGACUACCUGACCAAUGGGGCCCAAUCCCUUUUUUCCAACAACGGGCCAUUCUGGCAUGUACGCCGCAAGGGUGUUGCUCCAGCCUUCUCUUCUAACCAUGUUCAACGGAUGAAUGCAGUUGCCGUGGCCAAGUGUGAUAAAUGGAUUGAAGAAAGACUGAAGCCCCUCAUUGAUGAGGGCAAGUCCUUUGAUGUGGGUGAUGAAAUGAUCGAUUUGCUUCUAACUGCAAUCUGUGAAACCGCCUUUGAGUACACAAUCUCUCCUAUGGAAGUCAAGAUGUUCAAACAUGAAUUGGAAAUUGCAUUGCGCGAGUUUUUGUUCAGGACACAUUUCCAGCCAUGGCGCAAAGUUCUCGGAAGGCUGCUUCCUGCUCAUCGCCGAGCUAGGUUGGCCGCUGAACGGAUUCAAGGGUUGGGCUUCAGGAUUAUCGAGGCCUACAAGAAGCUUGAGAACCCUACCCAAGGGACCAUCAUCAACCUCAUCAUGUGCAACCAGGCUUACAAGAAUGACGCAGAGCGAACUGCUGAUAUUGCAAUCUUGUUGGUAGCCGGGCAUGACACAACUGCAUACACGUUGGCCUGGACACUAAAGGAACUUGCUCAAAACCCCAUCAAACAGGCAGAACUCAGGCGUUCUAUCCGUGAAGAUGACCUCCAGGCGCCCCACCAGCUUGAAACUGUUCGCAGCACAAUCCGUGAAGGCAUUCGCUUGCACCCUGUAUCUGGGGCUGGAUCUGCCCGGCUUACUGGAAAGGACUUUGUAACCAAGGAUGGCAAGCUCAUCCCUGCUGGUAGCAUUACCAUAAUGUCCUACAUGAUCAUGCUGCGCGACCCUUCUGUCUUUGGCAAGGAUUAUGACCAGUUUAAUCCUUCCCGUUGGGAGAAGGCCACACCAGAAAUGAAUCAAGCUUUCUUGCCAUUUUCAGCGGGACGCCAGAACUGUGUAGGCCAGCCUUUGGCAAAUGCUGAAUUGCAUUGCAUUCUCCCUCGCAUCAUUUCCCAGUUUGAGUUGACCGUUGAUGAGCCAGGUCAUUGUGAGUGCUUUCUCACCAUAAAGCCAGUUAAUACGAUGCUCCGGGCCAAACCCUGUGCUCAGUCAUAGAGACAGUUUGAGCGAGAUGGAAUCACACUCAGGCCACACUGUCAUCUUUUAGUCUGCUUCAUGUUAGUUCAGUCCCAAAACAAGUCAAUACAAGAUCAGGAAUUCAAUCAAACCAAAGUGAGAUAAUCCAACAGCCCAACGCAUCUCUUAGGUACUAUCAAUUUCCCAUUUGCAAUAGGAAUCCAUAACCUAGCUAGUAUUGACCUGAUAGCUAGCAGC